AUGCGUGCAGUCACUGUUGGGAUAGUCUCCAUUGGAGAUAUGGGGUUGGGGAUGGCAAAACUGCUCAAAGCCCACGGUUACCGAGUGAUCACGGUCGCAGAAGGGAGAAGUGAGCAUACUCUUGCACGAAUCAAGAGCGCUGAAAUAGAAAUGUUGCAAUCGUACCAGGAACUAGUGGUCCAGGCGGACUUCAUUUUAUCCAUUGUGCCUCCUCGGGACGCGCUAUCCACCGCGGAGCGUAUCGCAAGGGCUGUCAAACAACCAGAUACGGUGACGAAACGACAAGGUCUCGAAGAAGUGAAUGGCCGGCCGAGUCGCAGCCCACUUUACUUCCUCGAGCUCAACGCAACACCCGCCCGAUUGGCCGAGGAGCAAGCUGCACUCUUUGAAACAAACGUGGACACGUCAAUCGGGUCAUCGGCUAAGUGCCACUUCCUUGACGGUGGGAUCAUUGGGGGCCCGCCGUCACAGAAUACGGACGGGAAGUGGAAGAAACCCAGUAUAGUACUCUCGGGUGCGGUGGACCUGCCCUCCACAUGGGCGGCGUUCACCGACAUCUUGAACAUGAAGUUGGUGUCCGAUCGAAUUGGAGCGGCGUCCACCCUGAAGCUUUCCUUUGCGGCGCUGACCAAAGGUCUCACGGCGCUGUCGAUCUUGUCGUUCUCCACUGCGCAGCGCGAGGAUCUCUUGCCGGAAUUACUGGACCAUCUUCAACAAUACUCACCGCAUACAGCUGCGCUGACUCAGUCUGGCAUUAUUGCCAUGAGUCCCAAGGCCUACCGAUGGGUGGACGAGAUGCGCGGCAUCGGUGAAGCCUUUGACCGUGAAGGCGGAUGGGAUGGUGUCGGUAGCCGUGUUUAUGGAGGCUUUGCAGAAGUUUACCGGAGCGUGGCCGAAGAUACCCUUCUCGGUCAUGAACGAGUUGAGUCGCGGCAACGCGGGACUACCGUGGAAGAUGCCGCCACGAUCAUAGCGAGACGUCAGCAGUCAGAAGUCGAGGAUCACGACAUCGGACCUAUGUCAUAG